AGGUUGGGAAAGCCUGUGAUACUUAUGCAAUGAUGUUGGGAUACAGAGCCAGAAGGGGUGUUAACACCCUUCUGGAGUGGGACAGGCCUAACUGUUGCCUAGUAACAAUAUUUUGAGCAGGAAGACGGGGCAAACACGGCCCGCCUUCCAAGAGGAAACAGGGGCUGUCCUCAUGAGCACUGUGCAAGUUAGAGGCUUCCCGAAAAUACGCUAAGAGACAGGGCAAGCAAAACAAAGCACAUGAGGGGCAUGAGACAACACUAUCUUUUUUUUUACCUGGCUUAACCUUUGUCUAGACCACCAAAACCUCUAAACAAAUAAACACUGAAGAAACAAUAGUUUAAAGGAUUGCAAUCUCAAUCAUAACUCCAUUAUGUCCCCACUCCAAAUGUAGACAUGACUAGAACAUUGACUUAUGUAUAAACAUAACCUAUGAGAUGAGACAUCGAAAUGUCAACAAGCUGUCAACACUGUCUCAUUUUGAUUUGUAUUUUCACACAAGAUGAAACUUAUUAGGCUUUUAAAUAUAAACUAAAAUCCUGUACAGCAGUGGACUUGAUUUUCAAACUGUUUUAUUGUGUUAUGAAGAUUCCCUGAAAUCAGUAUUAAUACUGAGUAGAUUGUUUUUAUUAUAUAAAGUUAACAAAUGAAUAACAUGCUACACUAUAGCUGAGAAAAAAUUUGCUAAAUGUAUUCAAAACAUAAUCACUUUAUUAUUGCCCAUCUUUUCCACACAAUCAGCUUCUGUAGCCACUUGAUCACAGUGUUCUCAUGUUGUUGAAUCUGUUUAUUACAUUUAAGGAACAUAGUCUGAAAACAAGGAAGUGAGAAUGUGUUGGGUUUCGUUUUGUUGAUACUUAACCAUUAUCGGUAAUGGAGAGGUAUAUUAUAAAAAAUGAAAAUAACGAUUAGCUAAGCCAUUAUUACUGAUCAUGUCACAAAGAGUCACAUUAAAAUAGGUGUCAAGCAAGUAGAUUAGUUUAAAUAAAGUUCAAAUAUCUUAAACAAUGAAGCAGUUGCUUAAAUUGAUCGAGCUCUUCACCUUUAGGCUAUAUCUCUAUGUAGGCCUAGUUUCAAAUCACUUCAAAUUUAAUAUCAUUCGCAGUUUCAAAUGUUUACAUGACUCCCCCCUGUUGUCUGCUACUUAAAUACAAUGGUACCCUAUUGUAUAAUAGGCUACUUAAACUUCUACUUAACUUUAUCCACGAACAAAAAUAUCGGAGUAGUCCAUCCUCCUCCACAUCUGCUAUACAGUAACAACAAAAUGAAUCGCGCGUUUCGAAACGAGUAUAUUUCACAAGCACGGUGAGAAAACAGGACAAAACACAGGUUUAGUAAACUGCUAACUAAUUCAACGUUACUUCCCUGGCGUGUCAACGCUACGAGCUUUCAAGGUUAAAACUGUGUUAAAACAACAAAAACAGUCGCUGUAGUAUACUCAGCUUUUCUCGGAUUUGCAGCACAGAAAGAAUCCGGAAGCCAUAUUGUCUGCUCCUGCUGUAGCCGGUUACCACGGAAACCUGUUGCCAGGCAGCAUAACAAAAAAGACCAAAUUGUAUACGUCAGAGGCGACAGCAUAUCCAUGGCGACAGAAUAACGCUACAUACAGUGGUCCCGAUGAUAGCACAUGGUACCAGUUACUUUUGACCUACAAAUAUUGUUUUACGCACAGUAUACCAAGAAUGACAAAUGUUUGAUUGUGUUACUCUGAAGUCUAAUCGUAUUUGUUGCUGCAAAGGGCGAUAUUAGUCCGUUAUCAGCGUGAUUUCUUACCCUCACCCAGGAAUGUCGUGGUAUUAUCGCACAUUUCUCCAUGAAUGUGGGCUAUUUGCCUGCGUUAUCAGCUAUCAACCUUAACAAUUCCCCAUCAUCAAUAACUUACAUCGAUGAGUAGUCAUCCCCAGUGGAGCAGUACCGGUAACGGCAGCUCGGAUGGGACACACACGUCCUCCGUAGAUCCUCUUCAGUGACGUUGUUUUAGUGCUGACUAAUAACUUGUUAUCCCCAACUCUUCCCUUUUUGUUCAUGCCUUAUCACACAUGAGCUGUAGCUGUAGACCUUUACACAGCAGCAUGCCCGCCCCUUGACAUUCACCAAAAAGGAAUUGAAUAUUAGAUUUUCAUUCAUGAUUUGCCACCCGAUUUUCCCGCAACCAAAGCCAGCCUCCCACCUGCCACAUUCCCACUUGUGUCCUCAUGUAAGCUAUCAUAAUGAAUCACUUUCUGCUCCAACGGGUGAUGUUUGCAAUGACAUGGGACCGAUUUCCGUCACUGCUGCCCACUGUCCAUGACACAAUUACACUGUUUACCUUCAUGUUGUUUUUCAUUGGAAUGAGGAUAUUAUUGCUGCUGUUUGACAAAUAAUUGUCUUCAUUAAUAUUAAAUAUGUAACUGAAAUUGUUUGUUCAUUAGUAACCUAUCAUAUGCGUGAGGCUGUGUUGUAAACCUGUGGCAAAUCCAAAGGCUAGGCUCCUUGGCACCGUGCCUACUUCAUGUAAAGGGCGUGUUCAAACGCAAGUGAAAAGGAGUAUGUCCUCACAUUACGUUAAACUCCUCAAACUCAGAGGACUCCACAGGGCGUGCCCUGAGAAACUUUAUUGGGUUUCCCUUGAAUGCCUGCCAGGAUUCCUUCAGAGAGGGACAUACAUUUGUGUGUGUUGCAUAAUCAAACCAAUGUAUAUCUUCAGUGUUGUACCAUACUGUAAAGCGAACCUGUAAUGCCAUUCAGACGAGCUAUAGUGGCUUUAGUAUAUUAUUUAUUCUGUUCAUAUAAUAGUUCAUAACGAAAACUGUAAUAAUGUAUUGACGUAGACUACCCAAUAUGCCCCAAAUAACGUUCCAGCCUAUAUAGCAUAGAUGGUCCGAAAUAGAUACUUUCCAAAUGUAUCUCACCGAAGUGUCUUAAAAUUUCCUCUGAGAAAUUGUCAGACGGUGAGAAAUAUCUUGUGCCUAUUAUGGUACUAAAAACAUCUAUUAUUAUCCGACAGCGAGGUGAGCUUUUGGUCCAUUUCUGUGGGAGAGGGAAUCCCUCAACGUCACCAAGGAUACCAAACACAACAUUCGGUCCAAAUAUGGGCAUGUACGUCAGCGGAACUCCACCUCUAGAAAUGCUCUGGUUCUCGGCGAGGAUGGAUUCAUUCAUAAGACCAGAUCUGCUACUGUGCACCGUAACAGGUCACUUCUCACGUCCUCCAGCGUACCUAGACUGGACUUUAUGGAUACAUAAUCGCACAUUUGACGAGCGGAUAAAGGACCACGCUUCGAGGAUUUAAAGAUAAACGAGAGGAUUUUUAAAAAACACAUUGAAUUGGGACGCUUACCCCUAAACGCGGGGAACUGGAUUAAGCUUCUUCAUGCAACUUUUUUGGAAAGAAACGAAGAGCAUCUUACCAGGAAAUUGCAAAAAGAUCAGCAACAGUAACACCGCGCAUUCUCUAGAAGACCUAACUGCAGGAGUCUUGCUCUCUCUCGGUCCCUCCGGGGAGAUGUACCAAGGGUUCCCCGGCGACCCAGACAGCGGAUCCCGUGGGAGCUCCUCUCCAUCUAUAGAGUCACAAUACCUUUCCUCGGUGGACUCCUUCGGAAGCCCACCGACCACCGGUGCUCCACAGGAGUGUGUGUCAGCAGGAGCUGGCUUGAGCAUUGCGGGCAUCGGGCCAGGGACCAGUGUCGGAGGGGAAAUGCCCAGUUCAUUUGUGCCCACCGUCACUGCCAUCACCACCAGUCAGGAUCUGCAGUGGAUGGUUCAGCCAACCCUUGUCUCCUCCCAGGCCUCUGGCCUGAGUGGGUCCACUGGGACAACAACAAUGACCCAGCCAGUGUCACUGGUUGACCCUUAUGACAUGCCAGGCCCCAGUUAUUCCUCAGGGUCUGCAUUCACCCCCCCCAGUUCAGACAUUCAAGGCCCAGCUCCGGGUCCCAUCCGCCAAUCCAGAACCCGCAGCCGCCGAACCCGAGACGAGUCUCUAACACCUGAGGAAGAGGAAAAGAGGCGUGUUCGGCGAGAGCGAAACAAGUUGGCUGCAGCCAAAUGUAGGAACCGCAGACGAGAACUCACAGACAGACUGCAGUCGGAGACCGAUAUCCUGGAGGAGGAGAAGGCAGAGCUGGAGGCUGAGAUCUCUGAGCUGCAGAAGGAGAAGGAACGUCUGGAGUUUGUCCUGGUGGCCCACCAGCCGACCUGUAAGAUCCCGUACCCGGACGCACAACACCAGGGCUCAGCUCAGCUGCCUCAAGUCCAGCCCCAGCUCCCUCCCAUGACCUUACAACCUCCGGUAUCCAUCGUGGGCCUGUCUGUGAAAGAAGACUCUUUCUAUCUGCCUCCUGCCUACACAGCCCAUCCGGCGUCCACACAGUCCCAGCCUCCGGUCCAGCAGCAGCCUCAGCCAGGAAUAAUGCAGGAGGUAGAGUUUUCUCGUUCUUUCUAUGGCUCAAGUCAGCCGGCAGCAGGCGGGCCGUGCCUCAUGGCCAGCGACAGUGGUGUUGGUGGUGGUAACCAUGACGAAGCGGCCAUUGGCAGCUACAACACCUCAUACACAUCUUCAUUUGUGUUCACCUACCCAGAGGGAGCCUGCGGGGUCAGUGCCAACCAGCGGAACAGCAGUAGCGAGCAGUCGUCUGAUUCCCUGAACUCGCCUUCGCUGCUGGCACUCUGACUGACCGACAGACACGCACACACAUAUCAUCAAGCACACACAUUAUGCCCGCUGGGAGUAGAAGCUGAGGCAUACAGAGGACCCAUCAGUCUCACAUAUUGAGAAAAAAAUAUAGUUUGUAUCUGAUGGGGUUAAAGUUUACACAUUCAUGCAUUCCAAUCAAGAGCCACAUAAAUAGUUGCACAUACAGUAUGUUAGAUUACAUCUAACCUUUAACAACAAUAAAUAAAUCAUUGUAUUAAAAUAGAUGCAAUAAGAUUUGUGAAUUAAAAACUGUCACAAAAUCCACGUUGCAAAUCUUUAAAUGAUUUUAUGUAAACUUAAGUAAAAGAUGAAAUAACAAUCAUGGCUCACUUAACGAUCCAACCAGCACCAGUGCCCCCACCUCGUUCCCUCUGUCGGUUGACUUUUACAGUGCUCUUGCUCUCAUCCUAUUCCAUCCUUUUCCUCCUUCUUCCUGUUGCUGAAUGUAUUUGUGCAAAUCUGAAAUGGGGACGAUGGACAUUUUGUUUAGGGUCUUUUUUUGUAGGAGACAAACUGAUGAUAUCUCGCUCACCUCUAACCUUCCAUCUGCUCGACUUCCCUUCACUUCUUCAUUUGUUGUUUGGACUUGGCAUAUCGGGGAUCUUAGUAUCAGAGCCUCGUCUGAUUCUUGUGCUUACUUCAUUCGUGUUUUUCUUCUUUUUUAAUUCUUCUGCCGUCUGCGUAUCUGCCAUGCGACCCAUCUCUGCCCAUCUGUUUCUCCUCUUCUGUCUCUGUUUUUCUUCCUCUCCUUCUAUCUGAAGUCUUCGAACCCUGAGAGCCCGAAGACCCCUGAGAGCCCUUGGGACCUUGAGUGAAUGACCCAACCAGCAAGCCCUUUUGCACCCUAUCAUACAAGGACAUGGACGCAACCCCCCCCCAUGCGGACACUAGCAGUGAACUGCAGCUAAAUACUUCUACGCACACACAUAGAUUAAUUGAUGAACGCAAGAUGCAAGACAGAUGCCAGACAGAUGCCACUUUCUCCUGCUGAGCCAUUUUUCAGUGUUCACAUAAUGAAGAUGGGACACAUCUUUUGUUGCGAGGCCGGUUAAGAGUAAGGACGUAGACAAGUUUAGCAAGGAGGAAGGAAAAGUAGUGCAACUAAGCUUGACGGACUUAAAUCGAGACGUGAUGGAUCAAGAGAAUGACUCCCAUGCUAACCAUCUAUUUUUGGAACCAAAUGUUGAAAACGCAGAAAGAGCCAAAUGUUAAAAACAUAAAAAGAAACAAAAAAAGUCUUGCUUUUGCCAACUGUGUGGAGGUGUAGCCUUAGUAAGAACACCUCCAUAACACAGAGCCUACAUGCAUAUAAUAACAUCAUCUCUUUCAAGUCUCUGAAUUGAAGAUAUGACACUCUAUGUUUUGCUCAGAAUCAAUCAGAUGUGAACCAAUGCCUUUAUUUAGAGGAGAGACGUUUUUGGAUUCAGGCAACCUCUAAACAUUUGGGCUCAGUUGUCUCUGUACCUCUCCUGUUCUCUCAGUGGAGACAAGGCAGGGGUGCGUUUAUUGUGAGUGCAUCCACUCUGAGACACCUGGCCCGUUUAUUUCUUUCUUUAUUGAGGUUGAUGUGGUGAUUGAGCCCAAAGCAACACCUGGAAACAAAACGGGAGAAGAUGUCUUUGAGUCGGCGUCCCUUCGUUGCCUGUGAAUUUGUACAACUUGUUUUUCCUGUAUGUUUGAGUGAGAUUUGUUAUAUAUAUUUUAAUGUUUAUGUUUAUGUGUUGGAUCGUUUUGCUUUAACCUCGGCUUUCAUUUGUGCUGUUGCCAUUUCUUGUUUUGUUUUGUUCUUUUUUUUUUUUACCUGGUGAUUUUCUCAGAACUGUUACUAUUAUCAUAAAUAUUAUUUCAUUAUUUUAUGGUAUUUUCAUUUGGCAACUUUGGAGGCAUGUUGUGCACUAUAAAAAAUGAUCAUCAAAUCUUUAUGCAUACAUAUAUACAGGUUACACGUAUAUAUGUGUAUGUACCAUGAUUGUAAAAUAUGAAUGUCUACAGAUCUAAAUGGGAUAUUUUUGUCAAUGAAGAAAAAAUGUUACUGAGGUUUAGUUUUUAAAUGAAUAUUUUUCUAAAGGAAGAAAAAAAGUACUGCCCUGUCCCUCAACAUGAAGCACGAUGUAACUGCCUCUUUCAAUGUGUAUUUAUGUUUUGUAAACAAUAUAAAGAACUAUUCAAUAUACAUUAAAUGUAUGUUUAUGAUGAUGCUGUUAGAAAUUUGUGAAAACGCCUUUCUUUUUUUUUGUUUUAUCUUUCUCUGUGAGGUCUGUCCAAAAGCUACUGACACCUUAAUGCCACUUAAUUCUUAGUUAACACAAAAUGAGGAAAGACAAACUAGUGUCAUUGAAUGUCAAUACACAUAUUAAAAGUGUUCAGACUACAUCAUACUGACUAAAAUGAUUUAUUUAAGGACAAAAUGUUUCAUACCCAGUAUGCAUUUCAGUCUGUCAUAAACAUAUCACUUACUUUGUUAGUCUGUAAAAGAAAUGUGUGUUUUAAGGAUAGCCACAAUUUAAGCCUUGAUAUGAACAUUAUGAUGUUAAUCCAUGUUUGUAUUAAAAGAAAAAAUGUAGUUUUGUUAUGACUAACAUUUGCUGUGAUUGUAUUUGCUGAAUAAGAAAUUUUAUUUUCAAUAAAUACACAUGUUAAUUCAAUCACUAGAUCAAUGGUUUAAAUGUUCAGAUGUGGCUCUUGGUGGUCAGAAAAUGGACAGACCUAAAUUUUGGUUGUUUUUUUUAUGUUGAGUAAGGGCGGUGUUGGUUGUUGGAGAAGCCUUUUGAUUUCUCUCCAAAUGCAAAUGUGAUGAGAAUAUGUUUUGGUGUUAGAAUAAUCAUAAAACAUAUUCAAUAGUUCUCAUGUAUAUAGGUUUUGUGGUGCUACUUUUAACAAACUUUAAUGGGCCAGAAGGUUAUACAUGCUGUAGGUGAAGCUCUGGACAAAUGAACGCACUGCUUGUAUCAUCAGAACGUUUAUUAACAAAGGAAGCCAAUAACGCAGUGAACUCCCAGCAGCUAAUGCUCUUAGAGCCCAGUAAUCAUUUUGUGAUUUCAUCAUGGUUUAAUAUGAAUUGCCUGCUACAUCUUCAACUGUUAAAAAACAUACUCAGAGGGCCUUAAAUGAUAAAACACUUGUGCCCAAGGUCACCACACAUCUUUUUUCUUUGCCUAGGAUUUCAUUGACUGUUUUCAACAUGUUUGGUAUGUUAACAAUCACAUAUAAUUUGCUGAUUAAUUUGAAAAUAUGACAAGGAAGUAGGAGCGUUAUAAGAAAUUAACAAGUAAUGUUCAAUGGCUAUUUUAGAAUUAACUGAACAAGAGCUUUCUUAUUUUUCUAUGAUGGGAAGCAUGUCGGAUUUUCUUUUAUUUCUACUUCCCGCUCUGAUUUCAUUGUAUGAAAUGCAAUACUUAUUGUCCUCUUGGAUAAACAUUAUGUAGCAAUUCAGGCAGUGGUCAAACUGACAGCUACUGUAUGUCAAGUGUGAUGAUGUAUUGUUUGAUUAUCAUUUUUGUUAUAAUAUUAAAAUGUUAUUCAACAUA